AUGGUAAAAGUUAUGAUAAGCAAUGUGUCUGUUCAUAAUAAUCCAGCUAAAUUCUUAUCAAAUUAUACAUUUGAAAUAAAAUUUGAAUGUUUAGAACAAUUAACACAAGAACUUGAAUUUAAACUUGUUUAUGUUGGUGAUGCAAAAGAAGACAAACAAGAUCAAGUACUUGAUGUUGUAGUCAUUGAUGCUGUUGCUCCAGGAACAUAUAAAUUUGUAUUUGAAGCACCACCACCUGAUCCAAAAAAAUUACCUAAUGAUAGUGAUGUUGAUGUAUCAGUUGUUCUUCUAUUAGCUCUAUAUCGUAAUCAAGAAUUUGCACGUGUUGGUUAUUAUGUCUUUACAGAAUAUGAUGAUCCUGAAUUACGAGAAAAUCCACCAGUUAAAGUUGAUUUUGAAAAAUUAAAUCGAACUAUUGCAGUCGAUGAACCACGUGUUACAACAUUUCCAAUUGUAUGGGAUGAACAGCAAUCAACUGAUCAACUUGUCUUUGCUGAAUUAACUGAAGACGAAAAGAAAAUAGCUGAAUUAAAUGAAGAACUUGAAAUGUGUCAUAGUUUAGAAAAUGUUAAUUGUACUAAUGAAACACCAACGGAAACCAAUGAAUUAGCUGAAACAGAUGAAUUAAUAACUGAAACAAAUGAAAUAAUAACUGAAACAAAUGAAUUGAUAACUGAAACAAACGAAUUGAUAACUGAAACAAAUGAAUCAACUGAACCAAAAACAACAGAUGAAAUAAUUACAUCAUCAGAGCAAAACAUUACAAAUGAACCAAUUGUAUCAACUGAACCAUUAAAUACAAUGGAUUAA